ACAGGUCCCUAUGCCCAGAUGAAGCAGAUGUCCAACGGCAGCUCCAUCACCCAGUUCCUCCUCCUGGCAUUUGCAGACAUGCGGGAGCUGCAGCUCUUGCACUUCUGGCUCUUCCUGGGCAUCUACCUGGCUGCUCUCCUGGGCAAUGGCCUCAUCAUCACCACCGUAGCCUGUGACCACCGCCUGCACACACCCAUGUACUUCUUUCUCAUCAAUCUCUCUGUUCUUGACCUGGGCUUCAUCUCCACCACUAUCCCUAAAGCCAUGGCCAAUUCCCUCUGGGACACCAGGGCCAUCUCCUACCCAGGAUGUGUUGCACAGCUCUUUCUGUUUGUCUUUUUGAUGUCAGCAGAGUAUUUUCUUCUCACCGUAAUGGCCUAUGACCGCUAUGUUGCCAUCUGCAAACCCCUGCACUAUGGCACCCUCCUGGGCAGCAGAGCUUGUGUCCACAUGGCAGCAGCUGCCUGGGGCAGUGGGUUUCUCAAUACUGUGCUACACACUGCCAAUACGUUUUCGGUACCACUCUGCAAGGGCAAUGCUGUGGAGCAGUUCUUCUGCGAAAUCCCCCAGAUCCUCAAGCUCUCCUGCUCAGAGUCCUUCCUCAGGGAAGCUGGGCUUCUUAUUUUAAGUUCUUUUUUAGCUUUUGUAUGUUUUGUUUUCAUUGUGCUGUCCUAUGUUCAGAUCUUCAGGGCUGUGCUGAGGAUCCCCUCGGAGCAGGGAUGGCACAAAGCCUUUUCCAUGUGCCUCCCUCACCUGGCUGUGGUCUCCCUGGUUAUCAGCACUGGAGUGUUUUCCUACCUGAAGCCUCCAUCCACCUCCUCCCCAUCCCUAGAUCUGGUGUUUGCUGUUGUGUACUCAGUAGUGCCUCCAGCAGUGAACCCCCUCAUCUACAGCAUGAGGAACGAGGAGCUCAAGGAUGCCCUGAGGAAAUUGGCAACUGAAUGGUUUUCAGCAGCCAUAGACUGCCUACGUUCCUCUGCAAGUGACUCCCAGUGCAGACUCAAAGAGGAGGAGAACCAGCCAGCAGUGGAUGAGGACCAAGUCAGGGGCUACCUGAGCAAAUGCACCCCUUUAGACAGCCUGCAUCCAAGGGUGCUGAGAGAGCCAGCCAAUGCCAUUACUAGAGACUCUCAAAGCCCAACUGGAGCCGUCAGUGAGGCCCGAGCCGGCGUCUUCAACUUUUCCUGCGCCUCCACCACCUCUCAGCGACAGUUUGUUGCCGCCACCUCGGACGAAUCCUUGUGUUUCACAGGACAUAUCGGACCUCUUGAUCUGGAAGAGGAAGUAGAUGAGGUCUUCCUCAGACAACUGGAAGAUGCCUCAUGUUUGCAGGCCCUGAAAGAAGAGAACAAGCUAUCCAUGGUUUUGCUUGGCCUAGAGACCUGCCAGGGUCCCUUCCAGGAUGAGCGAAUGAUCCACCACAGGUCUUCCCUUGUGAUGACAAGGAGAGCACUCAGGUUCCCCAUGACCAUGGAAGGAAGCAGACAUAAGUUUGGUCCACUCAGCUGUGGCUAUUUUGUCCCUCUCAAGUCAUUGACUCAAGGCAGGGUGAGCCAUCUGCAUGCGAACAUUAAGAGUGGACCAAAUGGAACUUCAGUUAAGGGGGACCUUGAGAAACUCUGGGAUUCAGCCAACAGAAACCUCUUAAAUUUUACAAGGAGAAGUGACUGGUCCUGCAUCGGGGGGAAGAAUAACCCGAUAAAUCAGAGCCAGCUGGGACCUGACUGGAUGAGCAGUGACCCUGAGGAGAAUGACCUGGGCACUAUGAGGGACACCAUAUGA